GUGAAAACCAUUGAUUGCCGCACAUUCUGCUUGUUCUUCAAGACAUAGACAAGCUCUCUAAUCGUGCACAAAAAAAAUUAAAAAAAACGGAAAUAAUUAAGCGUUUUAUUAUUUGAUAUAAAUGUAAAUUGUUAACUGGUAAUUCAGAAUCGGUCAUGCCCCUUAUGAAGGGUUGGAUUUAUGUUUUAUUCUUGUUGUGUCUAUUUACCGUAGUCAAAUCAGAUGACGAUCAACCGGAAGAAAAAGAUCCAUGGGAUAAAUCAACCGAUAAGUAUGUUCACAAGGACGGAAAUGAUGGUCGAGAGGACCUCAAAGUUGACGUGACCGAAGAAAGUGAAUCUGAAGUGCAUUCAGAAAAAUCAAAAGUUGAAAAAAUCGAACAAAGUAAGGCGAAAGAAAAAGUUGACUCUGAGACAAAGGAUCAAUUUGAAGACGCAACGGACGAAACGGAUCCUGCAAAUGACAUAGGUCCUACUACAGAAAAUUCACAAGCAAAGAAAACUUCCAGAAAAGGAAACAAGAAACAACAUUUAUCGAAAAAACAAUUCAAUUACCACGGAGACUUUUAUCCUGGCAGUUUAUGGGAAUACCCUUAUCCAUACUACCAUCCUCAAUAUGGGUGUGGAUCGCCUAUAGAUUGUCCAUGCAAUAAAGCUGACAAAGAAGAACCAAAAGAAGAAGCGAAAGAAGACGAACCUGAUGUCCCUGCGUUAAAACCUCCAAAGACUAAAAGAAAGCAACUCGUACCCACACAUUAUUAUGGUCCACCAAGCGCAGGUUGGGGCGGUUUUCAGCCUGGACAUACAGGAGGUGGAUGGGGUGCCCCAUAUUGGUAUAAAAAAAGUAACUGCAAUUGUCGACAACUUGUACCUACGCAUUACUACGGUCCUCCAAGUGCUGGAUGGGGUGGGUUCCAGCCAGGUCACACCGGUGGAGGAUGGGGUGCACCAUAUUGGUACAAAAAAGAAGAACUUCCUCAUCACAAUCAUCAUGGACGCCAACUGGUACCUACGCAUUAUUAUGGACCGCCCAGUGCUGGUUGGGGUGGGUUUCAGCCUGGCCAUACUGGGGGAGGUUGGGGUGCCCCAUAUUGGUAUAAAAAAAGUGAGUGCCCUUGUCGGCAGUUAGUACCAACACACUACUAUGGGCCACCUAGUGCAGGGUGGGGCGGUUUUCAUCCUGGACACACAGGCGGUGGAUGGGGCGCGCCAUAUUGGUACAAAAAGAGUAAUCCUUCUAAGAAACAUCGUCAACACAGUGGGCGGCAAUUAGUACCAACACAUUAUUAUGGUCCACCAAGUGCUGGAUGGGGUGGGUUUCAACCUGGCCAUACUGGUGGAGGUUGGGGUGCACCAUAUUGGUACAAGUCAAGUGUUUCAAAACCACACAAAACGAAAAUAAUCAAGAGUCAACGAGGAUCACGAAAGUACAUUGUUGCUGGUAAUGAUCACUUGGGUAUUGGACACACAGGUAAUGGUGGCUGGGAUAGUGGACUUGGUAAUGGAUUUGGACACUCGUGGGGUGCACCAAAUUUAUAUGGAGCUGGACCGCUUGCUGUUGCCGAAGGAGGGCCACACGGUGUAGAUUACUCAGCCUGGCACGGUCCAGACAGUUUUGGGUCUCAUGGCUGGGGAGGACAUGCUUGGCUCGGUGAUUAUGGAGGUAUGCAUGGGGAUGUAGAAGGGGAGCGUGGUUUUGGCAGUUCCUUCUCCGGUUGGGGUGGUGCAGGCGGUGACAUGCAUCAUCUUGAUCAGCAAAUUGGAGACCCUGCAUUUGAAGAUCUUGGACAUGCAAACUUAUUGCAUCAUCCUGGAACCGGUCACAUGGGUCAUAACAGUUUUGCUCAAAGUAUUGGAUACGGUUUACGGCAUGGCUAUAAAUCGAAAGUCCCUUUUGAACGUGUUGCUGUUGUUGCUAAUCAACCAUACGAAAACGAGACUCCAUCUCUUGUCCCGGCUUCUGAGUAUGUUAAAGGAGGUACAGACGAAGAAAAUGACGAUAACGACAAAACGUUGAUGCAAAGUUUGGAUAAAAGCGAGAGCAAAAUAAGCAAAUACAUUGAAAAAUCUCUUAAAAAUGUAGACACUGUACGAAAGGGGGGAGAUACGAAGAGAAAAACAGUUAACACACGAGCGGCUAAUGAAAAGCCAACUACGCAAUAACAUACCACGUUAAAGUAUUAGCUAGAAGUAGAAUAUAGAAAAUCUUCCAUUCUCUCCAGUUGCAUGUCUGUAGUUUUUGGACUAAUGAACGUUUAAUUGUUAGUAUCACACAUGUUACAUGUAAAUAUCCAGUCUCGUGAUUGUAUUUUAUGUAUGUUUAAAUGUUCUUACAGUGACAAAAAUAUCAA